AUGAACCUCCUCGCGCUGCCCCUGGAGCGUGACCAGAUCUUCUCCAUCAAGCGGCGCUUCCCUGGCUUUUCAGGGAAGGUCCCAGAAGAGGCGGCUUUUUGGUCCGAGGCGGAUCUCGAAGCCUACUUUGGCAGCAAUGGCCGGGCGCUCACUGCGUCAGAAGAGACCGUGGCUCGGCUGCUUUGGACAGGGGCAUUAACCCAAGCGAGAGACAUCGAGACCAGGGACGGAAACCUGCUCGCUCCUCUCACGGGUCGCACAGCUGGCUGGUACGAGUUGGGCACCCUCGUGGAUUUAAAGAAGCUCCGGCUUUGGCGCUCUUUCCUCUUCAAUAUCCGCGGUUGUCGGAGCUUGGGGCAGCUGGAGCUGGCCAAGAAGAAGGUCGACGAACCGACCAUUGAGUAUGCCGCCUUCUGCCGUCAUCUGCAGAGUCUGCGAGAGGACUGGUACAGGAAUGUGAAGCUGGCGAGUGUGGCAGACUGCUGCGAAGUGCAGCGCAUCCGAAGUCUGGAGGGUGUUGCGCUGGAAGCGCCGGUCCUGCUCGAGAAGCAGCGCGACUGGUACGCCCGGUUCUGGAAUCUCGAGUUCUUCAAGAGGGACUGCGGCCACGACUACUGGCUUCUUAGCCUGAGUGUAGAGGUUCUGCCGGCCACAGUUUCCAGCCUUUGCUGCUUGGCCUUGAUGCGGAGGUUGCCCCAAAUCCUCCCCACUGAUGGAUCACCUGACCACGCACCGAACUUCUUGGAGACUGACGAAGCAGCUGCUUGGAUGGUGUUGGGAAGUGUUGGUGGUGUGGCCAUGGUUUGGGACAUCGAUGCCAUAGACCAGCUGGUGCUCCACACCAACAUUUCAGAUUUUGUCGAGUUCACUCGAACACUGCAGCGCAUGGAUCGGAAAUGCGACCAGGAGAAAGGCAUUGCCUUUCCGCGGCUGAUUCUGGAUGGCUAUGCGCCCUUCUUUGGUGUUCUGAGGAAGUUUUUCGAUGAAUGCUGGACGAAGCUGGGCCCAGAUGGCCUACCCGACCUCACCCCGAGGUUGGCACAUGCCUUCGCACACGCCUUCGACUUGCAGGAUCCGAUGGAGACACUCUCGAGGUUCUACAAGGUCACAUUAGCGGCCACGGGCUCAAUCACCCGGCUCCAUGUAGAGAAUGCUGGCGCCCAUCUGUGGUUCAACCAGAUCGAGGGAAGACGGGUGUUCUUCUUGUUUCCCCCGUCGGAGUCGCGGAAGCUGUACGAAGAGACAGGCGGGCCCAUGCAGGAGACCAGUGGAUUUGCCACACGCGUCAGCGGUGUCGACCUGUUCGCCCCGAGCGCCAAGCGCCACCCGCUCUUUGCUGAGGCGCGAUGCCAGGUGGCCGUGCUGUACCUCGGCCAGACCCUUGUCAUCCCCUCGGGAUGGUGGUGGUACUCCGUCAGCUUGGAUCCUUCCGUCACGCUGUGGCACCAGUUCUGGACUGAGGAAAACAAGAGCCAGUUUCCUGAAAUCGCCUGGGAAUACUUCAACUAUCAGAAGAUGACCCCGGAGUUCUGGGCCGCACUGCCACGGAAAGUCGACCGCCUGCGAGCUGCUCGUCUCAGUGUUUCCAGGCGUCGUUCGGCUCUCUAUAGUACGGGUAUAGGCAAAGAUUGCGAGUGGCAAGCCAAAGCUUGA